AGACAGCCUUAGAAUAUUUAAGGCCAGAAUCGGCUGAGUCCAGACCAAAGGAAGAACACUCCUCACAUAAUCACCUCACCUUGUGCUGUCAUACGCUGAAGAGCCAGCAUGGCUUCCUUCACAUUGUCAACAUUCCUCGGUGUUGCUGUUCUCUCUAGCAUGGCUUUGGCAUCUCACGGAGCUGGGAUAGAAUUGUUUCAGGGUUCCUGCCCCGAUGGUUGGUUUUCCCACAAUUGCCGCUGCUUCCGGCACGUUUCUGAUAAGAAGUUUUGGAUCGAUGCAGAGCUAAACUGUGUGGAUCUUGGGGGACACCUGGCCUCAGUGCACAGUGAAGAUGAGCAUCAGUUUCUUCGACAGCUCCAUACGAGUUCUGUCCAUUCUGAAGACGACCCGUACUGGAUCGGACUGUCAGACCUGUACAAGAAAUAUUCAUGGCUUUGGACCGAUGGUUCAAUUCGAAGUGACUUUUCAAGGUGGAAUCCCGGAGAGCCCAACGACUUAGGGAAUGCAGAGCGCUGUGUGGACUCAAACCAUGGAGGCCCGAAAGGCUGGGUUGACAACUCAUGUACCAGAACUUAUGCAUUCAUCUGUGCCAAGCGGCUGAAUGACUAAUGUGGCCGUCAGUACCAAGCUGAACCAGCUCCGUGAUGAAGCUGCUUUGCAUUACUUUUAAUAAAGUUCUGAGCAUUCAAUA